AUUUAUUUUUCUCUAAUUUAAUUUUGUUUGUUUAUUUACACUAAAUUUUAUAGUAAAAAUGGGGAGGUAUCCGUGUUGCAAAGAUGAUGAUGAUAAUGAUUUGAAGAAAGGACCAUGGACAGAAGAUGAAGAUGAGAAAUUGACUGAUUAUAUAAACAAAAAUGGCCACACAAAUUGGACAUCAAUUGCAAGAAAAGCAGGUUUAAAAAGAUGUGGAAAGAGUUGUAGAUUAAGGUGGAAUAAUUAUCUAAGGCCAGAUAUUAAGAGAGGGGGAUUCUCACAUGAAGAAGAAGAAACCAUCAUCAAUCUCCAUUCUGUUCUUGGAAAUAAGUGGUCGAGAAUUGCAGCUCAUCUUCCGGGAAGAACUGAUAAUGAAAUCAAGAAUUUCUAUAACACACAUUUAAGGAAAAAACUUCUCAAAUUGGGAAUUGAUCCCAAAACACACAAACCAAUAACUCAUCUAAAUUCCCUUAUAGAUCUUUCUAAUCAAUUUACAUCUAACUCAAACUAUUUUGUUUCUUUAGCUUCUGCUCUUAGAUUACAAGCACAUUUUACUUUACUAGCCAAAAUCCAACAACUUCUACAAAGCCCUCUUUCAUCUACAAAUACAAAAUUCUUUUCACCCAUGCAAGGCAAUUUUUUAGGUCAUCCAAUUGAUCAAGCUGAAAGAUCCCAGUUCUUGAAUUCCUCUCUAGCAAACUUCACUACCACAAGACCAUGUUUGGAUAAUACUCCUAAUUCACUUCCCAAUUAUUAUUCUUCUAUUUCAAAUUCCUUAGAAGUUCCUUCUGAAAAAUUUGAUAAGAUUGAAACGAUACAGAGAAGUUCAAAGAUGGCCCCUGUACGAGGGUGACAUGCACAAACCGAGAAAUGGUGCAAAUUCAUCAGAAUAUUUUCAAGCAAGUGAGUUGAAUUUAAAUGCAGAUCAUGCUGAAUGCUCAAUUCCUUCACUUGUUCCCUCUACUUCUGAAAAUUCAAAUUUAGACCAAAAUUGUAUACCCAAAUUCUCAGAAUUAGAUGAUAUUGAUGCAUGGGAGAUACCUCAAGAUGAUGAAGCCAUCAGUUCUUUUUGGAAUACCAUUUUCCAAUGAUUUUUUUUUUGGUCAUGUUUAAGAAAGGAUGUAUUUUUUGUAUGUCUUGAUACUUUAGCCUAGUUCUCUUUCUUUCUUUCUUUUUUUUUUUUUUUUGGUCACUUCUCUUUCUUUCUUUUUGGUACAAUGUUGAUAAAACAUGUUUUUUGUGUGUGUGGAGGGUGUUGUUUUUUUUAUCUGUAAUUGUUGAAAUCAUCUGUCAAUGUUAUGUUUCCAUGUAUGUAUGUCUAUGUUGGAGCUGUUGUUUGUGUUAUUUUCUCAUUUUUGUCUAAGUAUGUUAUGAAUAUCAAUUAAUUAUAAGGACAAGAAUUGUUAAUUUACCUAUCUUGCUUA